AUGGCCAUGACUCCGUCCGAACAGAAGCGCAGCUCCACUGGCAGCCGCGUGCUGGGCAUGACGGGCCCAGCAGGAGAGCCCGGCCUGCCGCCGUCCCGGCCGUCGUCCAUUGCGACUGCAAACUCGGGCAGCCAGAACAGAUGGUCGCAGGCCAGCCCCGCGCGACGAGGCGGCAUGAGCGUCGCCGGCAGUAUCGGACACCAGAGUCGCCCAACGACAUCGACGAGUAGAACCCAUGUUCCGCUGGCCGCCCACGGAUUCUUUCGCCCCAUGAGCUCGCAGCGUCUCCAACAACAGCGCAACCAGCGCCCCACCUCCCUCCUCGGUCACAACUCGCUCUACUCAGAGGCUACACACGAGGAGGGUAGCAAUCCGUACCGCCAAAGCACAGGGUCGACACAAACAAUCCGGGGUGCCCCAACGCUGGGCCUCCACCACGAGCAUGACCCGCAGUCUCCGCCUUCGCGCGGCACAGACAUUACCGACAGAGACAUGCCUGACCGCACCACUGCCAACACCACGCCCACAGGCGCCGAGACAGUGCGUAGUCGUGGCGAAAGUAUCACACCUCUGCAGCGGCCCAGGCCUCAGCAUCUCGACCUGUCCAACACCCAUGGCCAUAAUUCCAACAAGGACCCAACGCCCAACAAAUCCCCUCGUUCUUUUGGAUCCAGCUUUAUGCUAUCUAGUCGCGAUGGGCGCUCAGCUCAGAUGCGACCCCAUCAAGGACAUGAGAAGCUUACGUCCGCCGAAUCCUCCCCUAGGCUAGCCCGCAAGGAAGCUACCAAAGAAGCAGUGAAGCGGGAGUUGGGCAAGAACUAUCAGUACUUUUCUGGCAAUACUGCCUUUUGCUGGGGCGGCAGGCUACAAAAUACGCGAGACCGGCCGGUUAACGUAGCCACGGCUAUAUUAAUCAUUUUACCUGCUGGUCUCUUUUUCGGGUUCUCGGCACCUUGGCUAUGGACCCACGUUUCUCCUUCGAUACCCAUUCUCUUUGCAUACUUGCUUCUAGUUUCCAUUUCCUCGUUUUUCCACGCGUCCGCUUCGGAUCCCGGCAUACUGCCCCGGAAUCUACAUCCAUUUCCUCCGCCUAAUCCUAAUGACGAUCCGCUCAAUCUCGGACCUCCCACCACUGAGUGGACCAUGGUCGUUUCCGCAACCGGCACCAAUGCUGCUAUGGAAGUGCCGACGAAGUACUGUAAGAGUUGCAAUAUCUGGCGACCCCCACGUGCUCACCAUUGCCGUGUGUGUGACAACUGCAUUGAGACGCAAGAUCAUCAUUGCGUCUGGCUCAACAACUGCGUGGGACGCCGCAACUACCGUUACUUUUUCGUCUUCGUCUGUGCCACCACCUUGCUAGGGCUUUUUCUCCUAGGCGCUAGCCUGGCACAUCUCUUGGUCUGGCGAGCACAAAAUGGAGCAUCUUUUGGUGAGGCUAUUGAUCGAUGGCGUGUGCCCUUUGCCAUGUGUAUAUAUGGACUCCUGGGAUGGUCGUAUCCCUUCAGCCUUGGUGUGUACCAUCUCUUCUUGGUCGGCAGGGGCGAGACGACACGUGAAUAUCUCAACUCGCACAAGUUCCUUAAAAAGGAUCGACAUAGACCUUUUACACAGGGCUCAGUCUUGAAAAACUGGAUCGCUGUAUUGCAACGACCUCGUCCGCCGACGUAUCUGCACUUCAAGAGAAGGUACGAGGAAGGCGAUCAGAGGUUUGGCCCGCGCAGAGACAAACGCACUGCACCUUUGGCUCCAGAGCAACAGGGCGGUGGAGUGGAAAUGCAGGAUGUUCGCGGGUCGGAGGCGUUCCAGGGCCCAAGUAGCAGGUCUGGACGCGACGCUGCAGAUGCGACUGUGGCAUGA